AUGUCCUACGAGCACCGCAAGAAACGUGAUCCCUACAACAAAUACGAUGGUGACAAGAGUAAUCGACUUGCACUGUUCCCUGAGACGCACAGCUGUGCUGAGCUGUGCGGUUCCUGUUUUAUCAUUUGCGUUGAAUCGGUUUCACAUCAUCCCGUGAUCAACAACAGGUAUGAGGUGAAGCUGAUCGUUUGCGCUUUGGAUGCUGAAUACGAUCGUCUGAUCCUAAUGCGUUUGAUAGAAGGUGCGAUUGUUUCAACUGACCUCCUAGAAAUGAGAACAUCCGUGCAUGUGGAGAACCCGAAUGUAUUCCGCACGUGUAUGGAGUGGAAGUACAAAGAGAUCCAGAAGUCGUGGCAGGACUACUACAGCAUGACUUCUGCUGUGGAUUAG